AGAGCGGCGCUUUCUCAGCAAAUCUCCCUGAGAGAGGUAGAGACCUCAGCUCCAAUUCACUUCUCCACUGUUAUUAAAAAAUAAAACCCCUUGGCCGGAUCCGGCUACGUCCUACUUUGUAUGUAUCGAAGACAGAGCCCCCCCCUGCUCCAUUGAAAAGCCUUUAGACUCGUGUAGCCUCGCUCGCCCCCUUUUUCGUUCGCUUCUCGGGCAAGGUGGAAGGAUGCAAGAUUUCUAACCCGCUGCUUUGUGAUUUCUUUUGUAGGGGAGCGCUUUAUUUUGAAUUUGGCAAAGGAUAAUUUGGUCAGUUUUUUGCCCGCCUCCUCCCUCCCCCACCCCGGCACACUCCUCCCUAGAAGCCUCAAGACCCAGCCUGCAAUGGACAGAAAAUGACUGCUAGUGUUUUAAGGGGAGUCUUUUCCUAACCCUUGAGGACCUUGGGAAGCAAGUUUCGCUGGACAUCUGGUUUCAGCCCGCCCGCUGGGACACGGAAUCUCUGCUCCGGACGGAACCCAGAGCGUGCGCGCCUUUCCCCCUGCCCCGACGCCUCGGCCGGCUCUCCGCCCAGCCCAACUUUAGCAUGAUGUCUUAUCUCAAGCAACCACCUUACGCCGUCAACGGGUUGAGCCUGACAACCUCGGGCAUGGACUUGCUGCAUCCUUCCGUGGGCUACCCGGCGACCCCUCGGAAGCAGCGGCGGGAGCGCACCACCUUCACCCGGGCGCAGCUGGAUGUGCUGGAGGCGCUGUUCGCCAAGACCCGCUACCCCGACAUCUUCAUGCGGGAGGAGGUGGCGCUCAAGAUCAACCUGCCGGAGUCCCGGGUGCAGGUGUGGUUCAAAAACCGGCGGGCCAAGUGCCGCCAGCAGCAGCAGCAGCAGCAGAACGGCGGGCAGAACAAGGUGCGGCCGGCCAAGAAGAAGAGCUCCCCGGCCCGGGAAGUAAGUUCGGAGAGUGGGGCCAGCGGGCAGUUCACUCCCCCCUCCAGCACCGCAGUCCCGGCCAUUUCCAGCAGCAGCGCCCCCGUGUCUAUCUGGAGCCCCGCUUCCAUCUCCCCCCUCUCAGACCCCCUGUCCACAUCCUCCUCUUGCAUGCAGCGCUCCUACCCAAUGACCUACACCCAGGCUUCCGGCUACAGCCAAGGAUACGCCGGGUCUACCUCCUACUUCGGGGGGAUGGACUGUGGAUCUUACUUGACCCCAAUGCACCACCAGCUUCCUGGACCCGGGGCCACACUCAGCCCUAUGGGCACCAAUGCAGUCACCAGCCAUCUCAACCAGUCCCCAGCCUCCCUCUCCACCCAGGGCUACGGAGCAUCUAGCUUGGGCUUUAACUCCACCACCGAUUGCUUGGAUUAUAAGGACCAAACCGCCUCCUGGAAGCUAAACUUCAACGCUGACUGCUUGGAUUAUAAAGACCAGACCUCUUCCUGGAAGUUCCAGGUUUUGUGAAGGCCUGUAGGACUCCUUUGUGCUAAGAAUAAAUCCUAAUAAACACUCUGGGCUGAACAUUCCAGUUUUAGUCAGGUCUUGGUUAAAUUAAAGAGGAAAAAAAGAAAAAAAGAGAAAAAAAAAGACAGUUGGGGUGUGAUCAGACCUAGAUUCACCUCCUGCCCAAAAGCUCUGGAAAGGAAUGAAGAAGGAAUGAAGGAGGAAGGCCUUAAAAGGACAGAUCAUCUACCAAGCAGAAGCAGACAGACCAACCUGCGUCCUUUAUAGUUUUAGCCAAUUGUUGGGUUUCUUUGUUUGAAAGGAAUGGCUGAUCAUUCCACCUGUGGGCCAGUUUUUAAAAGAAAGUCUAGGUUUGAUUGUUUUUUUUUCUUUCUUUUGUGUGAGUGUGUGGGAAAAAGAUCUUUCACCUAGAGGUUUCCCCGUGUGCUAGCCAACCCUUGGUUAAAAAUCUUUGGAAUGGACAACGUCCCUUUCUCUCUCUCUCUCUCUGUCUUUCUCUCAAACUCAUUCAACUGUUUCACGACCAACUUCCUAGUUGGCACUGACAGACCUGGGUUCAGGGUUGUGUGGGUUGUGCGACUGAUUGUCCUAGCUGCACUACUUUAUUUAAAAAAAUGUUCAUAAGGAGUCAAUAUGUAGUUUUUAAAAGACAAUCAGUGUGUGUCUUAUAUAAAUGGUACAUCUGUGGUUUUUAAUCUGUGCUAGACUUCAAAACUGUGAUCUCCUGUAUUGUAUGCAACUGUGAACCCCUCCACAGCAGGGGUUCUGCUGUGAUUUAAAUAGGUUAUAAUUAUAAGUGAAAUUCAGAGCAACUGAGUUACCUAGUAUCUUAAAAAAACAGUAUCUAAAAAGAUCGCCUUUCACCACAGGUGAACUACUGAAACUUUUUACAACAAACUGUCUCUGAAUGCAAGAGAAAGAAGAAAAACACACAAGGACACUAAACUGAUCUGUAGUCACUUACUGCUGGCCAAGCCCGCAGUAGAAAUAAAACAGGACAUUGGUCAAUUGCUCUGACCUUGAUGAAUUUAAACGGAGAAAUUCAUUGUCGUUUAUGCUUGCAGAUGUUAAUUGAGAAAAAAAAAGAUAUAUAUGCAUAAACCUUUUUUUCCUGGAUUUGGCAGAUAUGUAUAAUUAUAUUAAAAUGGUUCUAGCACAAUUGGUGGUUGUCUUCCAUUUUAAUUGCACAGGGUGAGUUAAGAAAAUACCUCAAUGCAGCAUACUUCAAAGGACUUCACAAAUAGAGGGGGCGGGGCGUACAGGGACAAUGCAAAUAUUCUGUUGUACUGGACUGAAACGGCUUCUUUUCCCUUUGCUUUUAAGUGCCCCAGCUGCUGAUGUUUUCCUUUGGCACAGGCAGAAAAUGCCAGGGAUGAUUUUGUGUUAAAUCACAAGAAGUUCUGUGGGCCCCUGCAAGAUUGUCUCCCGUACGAAAACGAAAUCAUCGGCUAUUUUCAGAGAAUGAAAAGGGGGCUUUGUAGACAGGGCUCAGCAUGAUUAGGGGUGAAAUGCAGAGGAGGAGAGAGAAAUGGCCGAACUGAGUGAAGGGCUAUUUCUCCAGCUACUAUAAACUUUCUGCAGAAGUGAUGUCUGAACAAAGGAGUUUGGAAGAAGUUUUUACAGCUGAGUAGAAAUACCCUGGUCGGUUUUGCUUCUUUCUUGAAACUGUGGCUGGGAGUCCCUUUAAAAAUAAGUACCUGCUUUUCUCUUUCCCAUUUGCCACAGAGAGGUGCAAAAAAUGCAGUAGUGCCACACUAGUGAAAACAGGAAUGGUUUUAAAAUUAUAUCCUGUUUAGUAGCCACCAUGCAAAAUUGUGAAGCCAUGACAGUUUUAGCUAUUUAUCAUUCAUCUACUUCAAAGCCUUAGCCUGUCAUGUGGUUUUCUCGGAUUGGUGUGAAACCUGUGCUCAAAUAUUUUGAAAAAAAAAUGGUUUGGGGGCUGGGUUUUUGUUUUUUAUCUGUUCAAUGGGAUGGUUUCCUUCCCAUGCUGAACUCUCUUGAUCGACAGAUUUGCAAGACCUGAGGCUACCUGCACUUGGUAAUAGUUUAUGAUACUUUUAAAAACACUCCUGAGAGACUCUGCUUUCCAGGUUCUCCAUAUAUCAUCUUGGUGCCUCACCUAAUCUCUACAUUUCAUCCGGCUGUUCCCGGCUUCCUCUCGUCCACAUUGAAGGCAUUAAUAAUGCAGGUUU